AUGGAAAUCCCAUUUCUUCAUUCUAUCUCCAUUGACGAGAAGACUGCACGUCACGCAGGAGUUUUUACAACACUCCCUGUUCGAAAAAGCAAGCAUAGCGAUAUCGCGGAUAGAGGUGCCCAGAGAGCCAUCCAAGCAUGGGAAAAACACGCCAAAGAAGAUCACUCGAAGACAAAUUUUCAAGCGGUCUCUCCCUCGAUGGAUCAACAUGGCAACAAGUGGGCUUACCUCAGCCCUGAAGCGUUACCAGAGCGACUAGCUCUUCUGGUCUAUCUGAGUGAUUUCGGAACUAUCUAUGACGGUAUUUAA